AUGUUGGUAUUUGUUGACAGCAGCCCUGGCGUCUCUCGCAGGCUGCCGUCAGGUGGCCUGCUGUCUUCGGCGCGGAGGGUGCUCUCCGGUCCGGACGGCGUGGCGCGGACACCGUCGCCUUCGCUGCAUGUGCUGACCAAGCGUCUGGACGCCUUCCCCAGCGAGCGGUGGCUGCCCGCCGUGCUGCCUGCCUGCGUGCCUCUGGGCGAAACACUUCCUUGCUUCGCUGACAAGCACGGCUGUCUGGUGGCCGAACCCGCAACAGGCCGCUGCCGGCAGGCAGCAGCCUUCGAGUACCUCGCGCAAAGCCGAGGAACUCGCUACCGCUGGCACCAACUCUCCGAGUCUCAAGCCACGGGAGCGAAAUUGUUUUAUGGUAUCUUCAGCGAGGUGGCCCCGGCAGUCAUCGUCGGGCACGGGGCCUCUGACCAAUGGCUUCUGGCGGCCAGGGCUAGCCACUAUGGCUUGCUCGUGAUGGGCUAUCUGGCCGUUGACAGACUGGGUUCGGUUGUCGGAGGUGGCCAAGUGAUCGGCUGUGACCCGAGGGGAGCGCACGACGCGCCUCUGGUCGCUGCUCGCCACGACGUCAGGGGCAUGAACUCCUAUAGCUUGGGGUGGCAAACGGGCGGCUGGCCAUGUCACUGGCUUCGAUUUGCGUGGAUUCAGACGGCGCACGCUUUCCUAGCUUCACCAUCUGACUUUCGUCGUGCCGUCCUCGUCAAGCCUUCUACACUGACCCAGUGGAACAAGUUGUCUAAUAGCUUGAGCCGCUAG